CGACUGCAGAACGCCGAACUGGAACUGCUAGUGCCAAAUAGGCGAUAAGGGUCGGUGAUUAUACGGGAAAUUACUAUUUGUUCAGCAAUAGCAUUGUGCAAUAACAAGUAUAAUAUAUAAUGAUAUGAUUAAGAAAUGUGGAAGCUCAGUGGGCCGUAACUCUUCAAAGUUGGCAAAUACUACAAGUAGAAAAUGGAUCUCAGUGUGGAUUUCCCAAGGUUGUCAACAUUAUUUAGAAAUCAUUCAGGGCUUGCUUCACCUCAUCAACCUAAUUAUGAAGAAAAUACAUUAGAUGUAUUAAGGCGCAGUCGAGCAAAAGCAAGAGCUGGAGUGAUUUCAUGGAAGGAUUUUGUGAACAAGGCCACAAAUGAUGCCAAGUCACCAGAUAUAAGAGAAUGUUUUCACUCAUUAAGAAACUAUGCACAAGAGCUCUCAGGAGAUGACCAGACCUCGCAUGUCGUGGACGAUGCAGCUAUGUUUUUAUUGAAUGUCUUUCUUGAUGAGCCUCAUGUACUUAAUGUACAUAAAGCCCAACUAAAACUUAUGUUUGGCACUGUGACCCCUGCGUUGGCUGACAAGAUUUGUUCUGUUGUCAAUCGUAUUUCAUCACAUUUAUCAGACGAUUGUAAAGAAGACUUUAAAGAAAUUACUGAAAGGUGACGUAAAAAAGGUAUUUCAAUUUGGUGAAGGUAUUGAGGUAAAAUUUUCACUAAGAUGGGAGCCACCAGA